AUGAUUGAGGGAAUGGUGAAGGAUGGUGUUAUUGAACCUUCAUCUAGUCCAUGGUGUUCACCUGUGGUGCUGGUAAAGAAGAAGGACGGCAGCAUGCGGUUUUGUGUUGACUACCGCCGCCUGAACGACGUUACGAAGAAGGACAGCUAUCCCUUGCCUAGAAUUGAUGACACGCUGGAUAUGCUCACAGGCGUAAAGUGGUUUAGUACGCUGGACCUGAAAAGUGGCUACUGGCAGGUUGAAAUUGACCCUAAGGACAAGGAGAAAACUGCAUUUUCCACAGGAAAGGGUCUGUGGCAAUUUAAAGUCAUGCCGUUUGGAUUGUGCAAUGCUCCAGCAACGUUUGAAAGGUUGAUGGAGCUUGUACUUACCGGGCUAAUUGGAGAUGCCUGUCUCGUCUAUUUGGAUGACAUCAUCAUCGUAGGCCGUACGUUUGAGGAGCACCUUCAAAACCUGGAACGCGUGCUCAUGAAGAUCCAGAGUGCCAACCUCAAGUUGAGUCCAAAGAAGUGCUCACUAUUCAAACGGCAAGUUAGUUUUUUGGGGUAUGUAGUGUCGGAAGAAGGUAUCCGCACGGAUCCAGAGAAAAUUGCUGCUGUCAAGGAGUGGCCGGUCCCAAAAGACAAGACACAGGUUAGAGCAUUUUUGGGUUUGUGCUCUUAUUAUCGGCGAUUUGUGAAGAACUUUGCAGAUAUAGCCAAACCUCUGCACAAGCUAACCGAGGAGAAGCAACAAUUCUGCUGGGAUGAAAGUUGCGAUAUUGCAUUCCAGGAGCUCAAGAACCGCCUGUGCAAAACACCUAUUUUGGGGUACCCUGAUGCGGGCAAGGAAUUCAUAGUUGACACAGACACAAGUGAUAUAGGACUUGGCGGUGUGUUGUCUCAACGGAAUGGAGAUCAAGAGAUUGUGAUAGCGUACUUCAGCAAGUCGUUGUCAAAGCCGGAAAGGAACUAUUGUGUCACAAGACGGGAAUUGCUUGCUGUGGUAAAGUCCUUGCAGCAUUUUAGCAAAUAUCUUCUAGGGCGGAAAUUCCACUUACGAACUGACCAUGCUGCACUGAAAUGGCUAUUGCAGUUCAAAAAUCCGGAAGGACAAGUUGCGAGAUGGAUAGAACUACUGCAGGAAUACGACUUUGUGAUCGAACAUCGCAGCGGGAAAUCUCAUGGCAAUGCAGAUGCAUUGUCAAGAAGACCUUGCCCUGAAGAUUGCAAGCAUUGUACUAGGCAAGAGGGUAAGGAAGUGGUAUCUGUGAGAAUGCUCAGGACAGACCAGCUCAGCAAUGAGUGGAAGGACAGCCUACAACAUGCACAGCAGGAAGAUUCGGACAUUAAGCCGAUUCUGGAAUGGAUGAAGGCCAGUGCUCCUAAGCCCAAGUGGAGCGACGUCUCAGCAAUGAGUUCGACCACGAAAAGCUAUUGGGCCCAAUGGGACAGCUUGCUGAUUCAGGAUGGAGUCCUGUGCCGUAAAUGGGAAAAUGGUCGGGGAGACAGGUGUCAUUUGCAAAUGGUUGUCCCUAAGGCUAAAGUGCCGGAUAUUCUACAGCUGUACCAUAGUGGUUGUUCAGGAGGCCACCUGGGAGUUAAACGAACUCUCCUGAAGAUCCGAGAACGGUUUUACUGGGUCCACUGUCGUGACGAUGUCGAGGACUGGUGCCGCAAAUGUACAAGUUGUGCGGCUGUAAAGGGACCUCAAAUUCGUAGUAGAGGCGCAUUGAAAUUGAACAAUGUUGGUGCACCAUGGGAGAGGAUAGCCAUUGACGUUGCGGGGCCGUUUCCAGAAACUGAAAGUGGUAACAAGUAUUUCAUGGUAGUGAUGGAUUACUUCACUAAGUGGCCAGAAGUCUUCGCCAUUCCAAAUCAAGAAGCUUCAACAGUUGCAGAUAAACUAGUUCAUGAAGUCUUCUGUCGUUUUGGAGUACCUUUAGAGAUUCACAGCGAUCAAGGAAGGAAUUUUGAGUCUCAAAUAUUCCAGGAAACUUGCCGAGUUAUGGGUACUCAGAAAACACGAACAACUUCUUACCACCCACAAUCUGAUGGAAUGGUAGAAAGAUUUAAUCAGACAUUGGAGAGGUACCUAGAAAAAGUUGUGGAAAAACGGCAACGAGACUGGGAAAGGCACAUACAACCGUUUUUGUUGUCAUAUCGAAGCGCUGUUCACGAAAGUACAUCAGUGACACCAGCUUUCGCAAACUUUGGGAGAGAAUUGCGGCUGCCUGCAGACCUGAUCACCGGAAUACCACCUGAUGCCCCACACAGUAUAACCGAUUAUGCAAAUGACUUGCGGAACAAAAUGAAUGACAUUUAUGAGCACGUCAGACAGACGGGCCAGCAAACGUCUGAGAAGAUGAAAACACGGUAUGACCGCAAAAUGAACAACAAGGGCUUUGAUGAAGGUUCACUAGUGUGGUUACACAAUCCAGUUCGCAGCAAAGGGAAAUCUCCUAAGCUUCAAGCUAAAUGGGACGGACCGUACCGGAUUGUGACAAGGAUCAAUGACGUAACCUACCGGAUACAGAAAGGUGCCAGAGGUACUCCUAAGAUUGUCCAUGUGGAUCGACUGGCGCGUUAUUAUGGGGCCAAUAAUGCUCGGGACGAGCAUGUCUUAGGAGGGGGCAGUGUUGCGCGCCACUAUUAA